GAAUAAAAGCGAGUUUAAAUAAGUAUUAUAAGCUUAGGCUUUGGAGUAUAUGCAUACCCACAUAAUUGAGCAUGCAGUGCACUGCCCUUACUGAUCGCUGUCCAUGUCGCAAUUAUUGCAUUUCGUCAUAACAUAUUUGGUUCUAAUUUAUUUAAAAACGACCACGCCCGCUUUGAUAUAAACAUGGGCUGCUGUUUUAAUUAUAAAUUGGUACUCAAUCUAUGUAACUUUCUGUUUUUGAUAUGUGGCUUGCUGCUGAUUGCAUCAGGCUUGUAUAUCUUUUCGGAUAACAAGCGCAUUCUGCUCUCAAGACUUUUGGCUGCCUCCAGCGAUCGGUUGAGCUCACUUCCCCAGCCCUUGCUGUUUUAUAUAGCCCUGGGCGUGGCCAUUGCCGGAUUUGUGGCCACUCUGGCUGCGGUCGUGGGUUUCUGGGCCAGCUGUCUACACACCUACUGUUUCCUGACCAUAUAUUUCCUGAGCGUUGUGGUGCUGCUUUUGACCGAAUCGGUUUUGUGCCUGGCCAUUACAUUAUGGCCUCAUUGCCUGGGUAUAAGCCUGGACGAGAGUCAAAUGGUGCGAUCCUUGCAGGUCAACUAUGGAGUUCCUGGGCAGGAGCAGUUCACCAAUGCCAUGGAUUUGGCACAGGCACGUUUCGGCUGCUGCGGGAUGAAGACUUCCCUGGACUACGACACAUCGUUGUGGCGAUUGCAGGGCUAUGGACAAAGGAAUUGGCCGGUUCCACUCAGUUGUUGUGUGCUGGAAAAUUCGGAACAUCCCUUAUCGUUUCUGGAUCCCAAACCGGCCAACGAGUCCAUGUGCCAGUCUCUAGAGCGAUUAUCCUACGAACGGGAGCGCAACACAGAGUCCUGCCUUCCCCAUCUGGACAACUGGUACCGGGAACAGUAUAGCGUCUUCCUUGGUGGCAGUCUAAUUUUGGCACUCAUUGAGUUCUCUGUCCUGCUGGCAAUUAUCAUGAGCUGCACUGGUCUGGCCUCAAAACGGGCCAGACUCAAGAAACCCACUCAGGAAAGGAGAGCUCAAAAGGUGAAGUCUCGACAAACUCUGAUCGAAAACAUAUACGAACCCGAGGUGGAACUCAGGGAAAAUUCCAGUCACAGUUUGGAAGGAAUAUAUCUGGGACCAGCUAGCCGGCAUGUCAGCAGUGAGGAUUUUAAAGAGCUGUACAUUAAGCCGAGGGACCUGUACAGACAACACCAUUUGGGCACAGGAAAACCCAAUCCUGUCGACCGUCCACCGCAAAUGAGAAAUUAUUUGGUGUAAACUUUUACUGUCCAUGGGUUAAUAUAAGAACUUACGAGUUUUACGUACCUUUAAAAAAGUAAUACCGCUCAAUAAUAAUUAAUAAGGUAAGUUAGUUGACAGAAUAAGUGACUUGUAUAAAAUAUUCUUUAUUUAACUUUCGUGGUUACGGAUAUACAAUUCUAAUUAUCAGAAUAUAUUUAAUAUUAACUAGUACUU